CGGGUUAGUGGGGCACGGGCGUCGCGACGCCGAGCGUCGCCUCGUUACCACCCGCCCUCGCCUCAAGUGAACUCGUGUUCGGCUCUCGGCCAGUCGAGUUCGGUUCUGGGAACGUGCGAGCGUCGAUGACUAGGUGAAGUCACGCGUGCGGAAUAAAAACGGGCCGAGAUGGCUCUGAUCAGAUGCUGCCUCGACACGGAGAUGCCCGAUGUCUUCGAGUCGCUUGUAAGAAAGUGCACUGACCCAGGAUGUUGUUGCUGGUGCUGUUCAGCCUUACGCCCACGUUACAAAAGACUCGUUGACAAUAUUUUUCCAGUAAAUCCUCAGGAUGGCUUGGUCAAGAAUAACAUGGAAAAAUUAACAUUUUAUUCGUUAAGUAGUCCUGAAAAGUUAGACAGAAUCGGAGAAUAUUUGUUCCAAAGGGCUUCCAGAGAUAUUUACAGGAGAAGAAAUGGAUUCGUUGUCAUUGCCAUGGAAGCAAUGGACCAACUGUUGCAAGCGUGCCAUGCUCAGACUCUGAAUUUAUUCGUUGAGAGUUUUUUAAAAAUGAUACAAAAAUUGUUGGAAUCCACAGACCCACAGUUACAAAUAUUAGCCACGCAAUCUUUUGUCCGGUUUGCCAACAUCGAGCAGGAUACGCCGUCUUAUCACACACGUUACGAUUUCUUUGUAUCAAAAUACUCUGCCAUGUGCCACUCGAACCACAAUGACCCUGCAAUUCGUAAACAAAUACGGCUUGCUGGAAUUCAAGGAUUGCAGGGUGUCGUAAGGAAAACUCUUUCUGAUGAUCUGGUAGAGAACAUUUGGGAACCUGUUCACAUGGACAAGAUCGUUCCUUCGUUGUUAUAUAACAUGCAGAAUUCAAGGUAUUCUAGCAAGGAGGAUCCAACACCAGAUAGCCCAACGGAGGAACGAUCUGACCCACCGCAAGUCGCUGAAACUUGCAUGCGUGAGCUUAUCGGACGCGCGUCAUUCGGUCAUAUCAGAUGCGUUAUCAGGCCUGUUUUAAGGCAUUUAGAUAACCAUCAGCUGUGGGUUCCUAAUUACUUCGCAAUUCAUACAUUUAGGAUAAUUAUGUUCUCCAUUCAGUCGCAGUAUUCGUACACUGUCGUGGAAGCAUUAAUGACGCAUCUCGACGGACAUUCAAAGUCGUCACCGAAAAUUCGUACGAGCAUCGCGGAUACUUUAUCAAAAAUCAUUUCCAUCGCAGCCGGCGAGAGCGUUGGGCCAUCUGUUUUGGAAAUAAUCAAUUCUCUGCUGUCUCAUCUGAGAGUCAGCGUAACGAGGAAUCAAUCGUCCAGUAGCGACGAACAGUUGUACCAAGAGGCACUUAUAAACGCCCUCGGAGAGUUUGCGAAUCAUCUGCCGGAUUAUCAGAAGAUCGAAAUUAUGAUGUUCAUAAUGAGCAAAGUUCCAUACAGUCAACCAGAUCGCUUGGUCUCCGUUGGGAAAGGAGACGUGUUACUCCAAAGCAUUCUCUUAAAGUCACUUUUAAAAGUCGGCACUAAGUAUCAAACCAUACAUUUAAAUACCACGUUCCCUCCAAGCUUUUUGGAGCCGCUGUUGAGAAUGUCGCUCGCGGCAGACGCCGAGAUGCGACUUUUAGUACAACAAAUCUUUCAUACUCUGAUCGACAGGCAUCAGAAUAUCACAAAACUCGCGAAACCUACAGUAAACGUUGCACAACUUGAUCUGACCAUCGAGAAGGCAUCUAGACCAGACGUGAUCUUCAUACGGAAACACGGCCCUGAAAUUUACUUAGCGUUGUACGAGUCGCUAGAAUUGGCAAGUAACAAGGUGGAAAACGUGGAGUCUAUAUAUACGACGUUGGCAUUGCUCGCCGUCGAAUUGGCUUCGGAGGAGACCGUCUUGGAGCUGCUAAGAUUAGUUCUGAGUCUUCAAGAUUUGGCUUUAACAAGUGGUCAGAUCAGUAUUUCCCUCAAAUACAAUUUGCACUCGAUUGUCAUCAGUCUACUCGUGUUAAUAUCGUACGUUUGUAACAUCACAUCUCUAAUGGAUUACGCAAUCAAAAUCGUAGAAAUACGCCGGAAAGAAGCGCCACACCUUUUACCUGAUUUACAAUCUCAGUAUGAUUCCGGAUUGUCUGCUAGAUUGGCACCGACUCUGCUGGUCGAUCAAACUGUCUUAAGCGAAUGUUUGAAAGGAGCUGGUCUCGACAGUGGAAAACUGCAACAAGGGUCUGGUUAUAGCAGCAUUUCGCUACAACAUCGGCAUUCGUGGGUCGAUAGUACCGGACGAAACUCGCUGGCCGACAUUAAUUCUGGCGCUACGGAAUUAGACAGCGGUGGUUCAUCCCCCGGUGUACAAAAGAAACUGCCUGGUGAAGAAUUAACUUUCGAGAGCAUGAAACGAAUUCUAACAGAGAAUAAUAACAAUCACGUGAUAGAAGAAGAGAAACGGUUACAGUUAUCGCACUUAUUUAGAAACGCACCAUUCCAAGAUUUGGUAUCAAAGACACAGCCAAAGCAUGAUGUUCUCCAAAGCAAAUUAUCAGAAAUAUUCAAUACACUGUCCGUCGAUCCACGGAACGCCGCUCAACCCGGCGUGCCGCCAAUGGAUGCUAAACCGACUCAAACACCAGCCUAUGAAAUUCAUUUCCCAGAAUUGUUUGUUUAUUAACUUAAUAAGUAUUUAGUGCUGGCACUUUUAUUACGUUAAACACUUAUCGCCAAUUAAUAAUUAAGUUAAUUUCAACGCCUUUGGUUGGAAUAACGUGGACAAAUAUUUUUAGCGCAUUUUGAUAUGCUUAUACGUGGUGCAAUAAUGUUUAUCUAGCUCCGAAUAAUAAGCUCCGUAUGUAUACGUACAUAUACAUAUUUUGUCAUGUUUGUAAAAUACUUAUUUAUUUCUAGUGAUGUGAAUUAUUUCACUGUUCAUAAAUUAUUCUUGUAAAAAUAUUUUAACUCAUAAACUGGUGAUGCGCAAGUUGUUCAAUUCAUACAGAAAAUAAUAUAUAUAAACAGCUCGCUGUAUUAAUUGUAUUAACGAUCUGUGAUAUAUUGGGUUGUCAAGAAAAUAAUUUCGGUUUUCACAAAUCCUCUAUUUAACAAACUUCGAAUUUGCCGGAUGUUUUAAUUCGGAUUUUCUUACAUCCUUUUUAUUCUGUUACUAAUUAUGCAUGUAGUUUGUUAUCAAUUCUGUCACAUGUAUAAUAAAUAUAUGUGUAUAAUGUAAAUGAUGAAAAGGUCAGAAAAUAGAAUAGAACAGAAUGAGUUCCUGUAGUCACAUUCUAUUUAACGUAGAGUUAUUAAAACCGGAAUUGCCUUCUUCCCCGAAUAUAUUUGUCAAUGUGUCUUUAAACAAAUUGCUUUGCACACCGCUAAUGCAACGUACGAGAACGUUUCGAAAGAACGUGGAAAUAAAUGAAAAGAAUGAAUAUGGAAAUUGAAAUGUUUGUUUGAAAGUUGUUUGAACCGGUCUACAUGUACAUAAACGUAAAAGGGUAUGAAUUGGAACGAUCACAAAUGUUAUAAUUGUGGGCUAAUAAUAAAGAUAUUCAUAUACUUGAA